AAUUGGCGGGAAGUUUUUUGACGCCGUUUAAGAGUGGGACAUUUUUGCUUGCAACUUGAUGCAGUUUGCUUUUGCGUAUAUAUAUAAGCGUAGUUUAUGCGUAGAGCGCGCGAAAAUGGAGAAAUAUUUGGUACCGCAGAACCCCUUAAAAGAAAGGGUUCAUCCUCGUCGUUGCGUUGGAAGAGAAGUAUGAUUGAACUUAAUGCGAAAUUUGAGCCCAGUUAUCGUCAUGAGAUGAUGAACUUGCUAAUGCGUUCGUAUUCUGAUGUUGGAGUGUUUCCGCACUUGUACCAAACGGAUAGUGGGGAGCCUUGCUGCUCUAACCUCAAUCGAAUUCUUGGCGAGACAAGUUACGAACUUAAUUUUCCACUGAGAAGAAGGAAAGGCGUAUCUUCUAUUGACUUUGACAACAAGGGAAUAUACUUGGCGUCUGUCACAAAAUCAGGGUGCUUAACGGUUCAUGACUUUGAAAGUCUUUAUUGCCAGACAAACAAAUUAACUUGCUUGCAAGAAGAUGAAAGCAAACUUUUACUGCAUCUCUCACCUGAUCGACAACUUGAUGUUGUCAAAUGGAAUCCUCUUAACCAGAAUGAGGUUCUUUGUGCCUCUUUGAAACGUAAUGUACUACUCAUAUUUGAUGUUGCAUAUUUGUUGUCAGAACCAAUUGAAGUGUUACGUACAAGACAUACUGCCACAGUUAAUGGAUCCAACAUACCCAUAGGUCUAUCUGAUGUUGCUUUUGCAUCAAAUGACUCAAGGAUAUUUGGUGCUGAUACACAUGGUACAAUUAAUGUUUGGGAUAGAAGAGUAAAGAGUCUACCUUGCCUCGAACUUACAUCUACUUUAUUUGGUACCCUUAACAGCAUCCAGUUAGAUGCAGAAAAUCAGAUUAUUUUUGGUGCUGGGAGGCAUGGGAUUGUAUAUGUGUGGGAUAUUCGUGGUGGAAGAGCAUCUGCUACUUUUCUAAGUCACAAAGAGAUAUGCCAGCCACCUGUAACAUCAGUGAAGUUGGCAACGUUACUAGAGAAGAUUGGAUCCUUGAAGGCACAAGCAGAAAUUGUUCCGAAGGAGAUUCACUCUAUUGGUCUUAAUCCGUCGUGCCCAUAUCAGUUAGCAUUCCAUCUAGACGAUGGCUGGUCGGGCAUUCUGGAUAUUAAUAAUUUGCAAGUUACUCAUGUUCAUUGCCCACCCCCAGCUUGGUUAAAUGAUUCCUAUGUUUCUCUUGAUCAAAUGGAUUUAAGAAAACCUUCAUGGUUAUCGACAUGCUCGAUCUAUUUGGCAGGGUCACCAUUCGAUCGCGGCCUUCAUAUGUUAGAUUUCUACCCGAGUAUCAGUUCACCAAGUCACGUGGACUACAAGGAGGAUAUACAAGAACCUUCCAGUCCAAUAAAACAGAAGAAUCAAAAUAGAUUCAUUCCUUUACCAGAAGGAGUUUUGUCAUGUGCUGCUCAUCCUUUGUACAAUGCCAUCGUGGCGGGAACAAAGGAAGCAUCUUUGCUAGUGAUUUCCCAAAAACGCCAGUCAUGCAAGGGCGAAGAUUAGUCACAAGCAUUUGGCAGAUUUUUGUAGAGUAGUGGCAAUUGGAAUGUCCUUUCUUCAACAGCCAUCACAUAUGAACAUGCCCUUUUGAUAUUCUUUUCUUGUACGAUAGUUGUAUCAAAUUUAGUUCAAAAUGGAAAAGAAAAUCACUUGUAUCCAUAUCUAUGUCGCGCACAAUUAUGUUACCAAUUACACAAUUUUGCGUUACCCAUCGAGUCCAUUUAAUGAUACAAUUUAGUUUGAGAAUUCAA